AUGUACCGUUUACCUACUCGCAGAUCCCUUGUUGGAAUCUCUGCUUUGCGUCAGCACUACUUGACUCCAACUUGUGUUAGAAAUCAAAGAUAUUUUGGCCAUUCAUCAUCAGUCUUAUCAAAGACCUCGGAUAAAGAUGACAAUUUCGUUUCUCCUAAUGUGUUAGUCAAAGAAAACCAAGGAAUGGAAGGUGAAGAUAAACAAGUUAGUAUGGAUAAAGCAUCCAAAGGUCCUUUGUUAUCGGAUAACAAAUACGAAUAUGGUGUGAAGUUGCCGGCUUGGCAGGAAAAGAUUGGUGAAGUUGUCACCAGUGUUUUCAGAUUAGAUGUCGAUAGAAUCCGUGCUGGUCCUAUCGCUGGUUCUCUUUAUUAUGGGUACUGUAAAGAACAAGGUUUGAUCCAGAAAGAUCCAACUACUGGUGAAUUAACAAAGACUGCCUCUUAUUGGUACGAAACCCUCGGAUUAGAACCAACUUUUGCAACUUGGUUCCAAAUUACCUUAUUACAUACCUGGAUUCUCUUUGUGAGAAUGAGAGCUAUGCCUUUUAAAUACGGUAAGAACUACCAACAAAAAUUGGUGGAUCGGUUUUUCAGUGAUAUGGAAAUCAGAUUGACAAAUGAAAUGAACAUCACCUCCGGAAGAAUCAGAGAUCAAUAUUUAAAAGAAUUCCAUACCCAAUUGAGAGGUGCGGUAUUAGGUUACGAUGAAGGUUUCAGCACUGAUGAUCUAACAUUAGCCUACGCUGUCUGGAGAAACUUGUUUAAUGCGAAAACUGAGGUUGAUUAUGUGGCACUCGAAUCUGUUGUUAGAUACAUCAGAAUGCAAUUAUACGUGUUAAGUAAAAUGAGUGAUAGAGAAUUUGGAUUUGGGAAAUUCGCCUUUGUCUCUCCAGACGAAGUGGUUUACAGAUUAACUGAGCAAGAAGAAAAACUCUUGAAAGAAAGAGUUUACCAAGAAUUUGAAUCUGAUCCAUCUAAGAUGACUAUCUCAAAUAGAAGUAAACUUUCCCUCGACAAUUGA